AUGGACCACCGACGGAAGCGAGAAGCCGACACGGACGAGCCGCCGCAGGUCGCGGGAAAACGGACCAAGCGGCAAGAGGCCAACGAGGAAAGUACCAAGGAUGAAGAGGAAGGCGAGCCUAUCGAGACCGACAAGCAGCUCCGGGCGCGGAACGCAGCGUUGCGGGAGGUCCUUGGCGAGAAGAACCGCCGGAUCCAGUUUUUAGAGACCAAGUGCAGCGAGCUCUUCGUACACCGCCAUAUCGUCGACGCCCGCUCACGCUCAGUGCUGAGUCAUUGGAGCUCCCUCUUGAGCACGCUGCACACGCUACUCCCAGAUGCGUCGCACGACGCUCAGGCAGCGAUCGAAGCGAUUGGCACGAUUGAAGUCAAGCUACCCGAAGAUCUCUAUUGCGAAAUUGACGAGUGGUACCAGUCGGGCACUGAGCCAUCGACCGCAGACGCGGCCGCAGACGCGGCCGCAGACGCGGCCGCAGACGCCGCUGUGAACUCUCAUUUGCGCGGCGAGUGCGAAUAUAUCAAGGGCUUCGUUAGUCGCCUCCUCGCGGAAACCGCGGCCGCAAGUGCCAAGGUCAACGAGGCGGAAGCUCUGGCACGGGCCAUUGACGCCAAGACCAAGGCUGAGCGUCUGGCAGCGAGCAUCAAGGAGCAACUUGCUGCGUACAAGCAGCAACUGCGUGAAGUCAAGUGCGACCUCGACCGUAAAGAAUUGGAGCGUCACCAAGCCUGCCGUGAGAUCGAUCGCAUGAAGAACGGGUCGCCGAAGGCCAGAGUCUCGCAGCCGCCGAGCGAGCUCAAGACGGACCCCGAAGCCGCGUCUGAUAACCGUGCUACGGACACGGAGGCAACGCUCAAGAAACUUGGCAAGCUCGAGUCGGAUCUUCGUCGCGCGAUGGCGACGGAAGCGACGACCAAGAGUUCGAUGUCCGCUCUCAAGACUCUCCACGACGAGCAGUUGACGCGCGCCAUGAAUGAACUUGCACACGUCAAGGACGAGUACAUGCGCUUCAAGCUCAAGUGCAAGGACAUGGACGCGCACAUUCACGAAAAGUGGAAGAAGAAGCUCGUCAAGUACCAAGGCGACGCUCUCAGAACCAAGGCCAAACUGGACGACGCUAUGCUGAAAAACGCGGAGCUCAAAGCCAAACUUGCAACAUUUGCCUCGUACAAGGACCAGAUGGCCGAGUACAAGACACUUCUUUUGUCGUACGAGCGUCAAGUUGCGAGUCUUCACGCCCAGCUCCGAGGCUCGGAAAAGUACCGCCAAUGUGUCGUUGAAGUCCAAGAUGCGGCAACUUCCGCGACCGUUCGGCGCCUCGAAAGCCAGCUGGCUAAUCUCCAGGCGUCCUAUGAUGCAUUGCAAACCGACCUAACAUCGGGCGACGGGUUGGCCAUGGUUUCUCGUGACCAGGCGACAAGAAAAGCUCUUGCCGAAACGGAGACCAAACUCGCUACUGCGGAGGUGGCGCGGGAUGCCAUCGCGCGCGAGCUCGAGCUGCGCAAGGACGUAAACCACGACGCCGAACUGAAUGCCAUCGUGCUCGAGGUUGACGCUGUGAACCGCGAGGCGGACGCAAUGCGCGACCAGAUGAAGAAGACGCUGCAAAAGCUCAACGAAAAGGAGACGGCUAUUACCAAGCUACACCAAACCAUUGCCAAGCUCGAGCAGGCAAACGCAUUUAGCUUUGAUGAGCUCGCUGGUGUCCGGCUCCAAGUUGCAGCGCUUCAGGGCCUCCAGAAGCAGCAAAAGACCCUUGAGCACGGGUUUGCGGACGUGAUAAAAACCAAGGAAGACGAACUUCAGGGCCUCCACGCGCACGUGAAUCGCGUGCUCGUCUUCAAGGACGACGCGGAGAAGGACAAGAUGCGCGCACUCCGGGAGCUCGAGUUUACCAAGCACAUGGCGGCGCAGCCCAAAGCUGAAAAGGUGACGCCAUGCGAGAAGUGCGAGGCCAAGGCGAGUGCGCCGCUCGUCAAAGCGGCUGAGGUCGACGCCGCACCGCUGAGCGAGCUGGAGCGCUUUGAGCUCGGGGAUCUGCGCAAGAAGCUCAAGUGCUCCGUGUGCCAGGACGCGCUGAAAGACGUGAUCAUCUCCAAGUGCUCGCACAUGUUUUGCAAGGACUGCAUGGACGCCAACCUCAAGGCGCGCAACCGCAAGUGCCCGACGUGCAAAAAGAUGUUUGGCCAAGACGACCUCAAGAGCGUCUGGUGGUCGUAG